UGUCGUGGAGAUGUGGAGUGUCUUUCUGUCCCUCUGUCUGCUCCUACAGCCCAACUCAGCCGAGGAAGUGAUGCUGCUGGACACAACCGAGUCGACCUCGGAGCUGGGCUGGACCACCUAUCCCGACACCGGGUGGGACGAGGUCAGCGUCCUGGACGACCGGGGGAAGCUCAUCCGGACCUUCGAGGUGUGCAACGUGAACCAGAACCCCCGGCUGCAGGACAACUGGCUGGCCACGCCCUUCCUGUACCGGCACUCGGCGCCCCGAGUCUUCGUCACGCUGCGCUUCUCCGUCCGCGACUGCUCCAGCCUGCGCUCGCCGUCGCCCACCUGCAGAGAGACGCUGACGCUGUACUACAAGCAGGCCGACUCCCAGAGGGAGCUGGAGAGGACCUGGGUGGCCGAGCCGUCCAGCGGGGAGAAGGACACCAGGGAGGGCUGGGUGAAGGUCGACACCAUCGCCGCCGACAAGAGCUUCUCCAAAGUGGAGCCCAGUUCGCCUCACCAGUACCAGCCCAACAGAUACAGCCGGAUCAACAUCAAGACCCGCAGCUUCGCCCCGCUCACCAGAAACGGGUUCGUGCUGGCCAUCGUGGACAGCGGCGCCUGCGUUUCCCUGAUGGGCGUCUCCAUCUUCUACCGCCGCUGCCCGUCCACCAGCCUCUACCUGGCCUCCUACCCGGCCACGCCUUCGGGCGCCGAACCCACCGCUCUGGUUCCCGUCAGCGGAACGUGCGUCCCUCACAGCAAAACCCAGGGAGGGUCGCCGCCUCGGAUGCACUGCAACGCCGAAGGGGAGUGGAUGGUUCCCGUAGGGGGGUGUGUCUGCGACGAGGGGCACGAGCCGAACCUGAACGGAUCCGCCUGCCUGGCCUGCCCCGUGGGCUACUUCAAGGCGGUCCCGGGCUCGGUUCCCUGCUCCGUGUGCCCGUCCAACAGCAGAACCAGCCAGGAGGGAUCCAGCAUGUGUGAAUGCCGCAGCGGGUUCUACCGGGCGGCCGGCGAUGCCAACUCCUCCGCCUGCACAACCCCUCCGUCGGCCCCCGUCUCCCCGUCCUGGGAGUACGAGAGCGGGGACGGCGGCGUGUCGCUGCGCUGGCGCCCCCCGGUGGACAUGGGCGGCCGCGGCGAGGUGUGGUACGGCGUGGUGUGCCGGAUCUGCCCGUCGGCCGCCGUCACCAACCCGGCGCUGUGCUCGUGGUGCGGGGAGGGCGUGACCUUCAGCCCGGCCCAGACCAACCUGAGGCAGACCAGGGUCACCCUGAACAACCUGCUGACCCGGGUCACCUACCUCAUACAGGUGAGCAGAGGGUUUGUGCUCCUCUGUGGCCACUUUGUGUUAAUUCUGUGCUAGUUCUGUGAGUUUUUGUGGCCGUUCUGUCUCUUUGUGGUUGUUUGUGUCUCUGCUGUCGUUUUGCACGUAUCUGUGUCGUCACUUUGUUUAAUUAAUUAAUUGGUUCUUAAUGAGCCCUGACAUUGAGACAGGAUGGAUGGAUCUCUGUUGUUGUUGUUGUUGUUGUUGUUGUUUGUCUCUGAUGGCUCAGACGUGGAUUCUGCUCUCAGCGUCUACAGUGAGACCAACACGGCCACCGUCACCUCUCUGAUCCCGGGGUCCAUCUACGCCUUCCAGAUCCGAGCCAGAAACGAGCGCGGCUACGGCCCCUACAGCAGCACCAUCUACUUCACCACGCUGCCUCUGGAGGAGCACUCGCAGCAGAUCCAGAACCGGCUGCCCCUGCUGGUGGGCUCGGUGAUGGGCGGCGCCGCCUUCCUGCUGGUGGUGGCGGCCAUCGUGGUCGUGGUCGUGUUCCGCAGCAAGAGGAGGGAGAGUCCGUACAGCGACCGACUGCAGCGCUACAUCAGCAACAGAGGCGGAGUGAAGUACUACGUGGACCCGUCCACCUACGAGGACCCCAGUGAGGCGGUCAAAGAAUUCGCCCGAGAGAUCGACCCGACCCACCUGAAGAUCGAGGAGGUGAUCGGUGCAGCCCAGUUCGGGGAGGUUUCUCGGGGUCGGUACCGCCCGAUGGGCCGCAGGGAGGUUCUGGUGGCGGUGAAGACGCUGCGCUGGGGGGCGUCGGACCGGGAGAGGGGCAUGUUCCUCAGCGAGGCCGGAGUGCUGGGCCAGUUCGACCACCCCAACGUCCUGAAGCUGGAGGGCGUCGUGACCAGAACCCCCCCGGAGCGGAUCGUCACCGAGUUCAUGGAGAACGGGCCUUUGGACGCCUUUCUCAGGGAGAACGAGGGCCAGUUCAGCGUCCUGCAGCUGGUCGGGAUGCUGCGGGGCGUCGGCGCCGGGAUGCGGUACCUCUCCGAGAGGAACUUCGUCCACAGAGACCUGGCGGCCCGAAACGUGCUGGUCAACUCCAACCUGGUGUGCAAAGUGUCCGACUUCGGCCUGUCCAGGCUGAUGAGGGGCCUGGACCACAACAUCCCCACCUACACCGCCUCGCUGGGCAGUAAGAUUCCCGUGAGGUGGACGGCACCGGAAGCCUUCCAGCACCGCAAGUUCAGCUCAGCCAGCGACGUGUGGAGCUUCGGCAUCCUGAUGUGGGAGGUGAUGUCGUACGGAGAGCGGCCCUACUGGGACAUGAGCAACCAGGAGGUGAUGAAGGCCGUGGCGGACCAGUACCGCCUGCCCGCCCCCCACAACUGCCCCGCCGCCCUGCACUCCCUGAUGCUGCAGUGCUGGCAGGCCGACCGGGGAGACCGGCUCGGCUUCGACUCGCUGCUGUCCUCCCUGGACCGGCUCAUCCGGCACCCGGCCUCGCUGAAGGCGGAACCGACCCGAAGCUGCUCCCAGCCGCUGCUCAGCCCCACCCCCACCGACCUGUCCGCCGUGGCCACGGUCAGCGAUUGGCUGAAGGCUCUGAGGAUGGAGCGGUACCAGGACGAGUUCGACCGGGCUCACCUGGACACGCUGGACCGAGUCAGCAGGCUCACCAUGGAAGACGUCCAGAACCUGGGCGUGAACCUGCUGGGCCACCAGAGGAAGAUCGUGAUUGCGGCCCAGCAGCUCAGAGCUCACCUGAACCAGGGCCAGGUGGAGGUGUGACGUCCCUCCGCUGGUUUCCUGACGAGCACGGAGCACGUUUCAAGCCAAAACUAAAGAGAACCAGCGAGCCGUGGCACUCUGAUCAACCACAACCAGGAGAAAUCAACAAGAAAAAAAAAACAAACAGGGCUCGGAUUUUUCCCGCCGAGACAGAUGCACUCUGGGAGCUGCGGUCCGGGUGGCAGUGAGGCUGCUGAGGACUUCUUUCCUUUGUGUUUUCUCCAGGGUUCACUCUGUCUGCCUUCCUCCCUCCUCACCUCCUGCCCUUCAAACUCUUCCUCACCGAGUACAGUCUUUUUGUUUCGUUCUGUUGAAUAUUUAGGGAGAUCUCUCCUCACAAAGAAUUGCGUGAAGACAAUCAAAGCCUUUUUGUUUUUUUCUAAUAUUUUUCAAGUUAUUUGUAAAACUUAUAUCACUUCCUCAAAACUUAAAAUGCCAAAUGUUCAGGAGGCGGUGCGUUGCCGGAACAAUCAGGUCAGCAGUUUGCUAAAAGUCCAAAACCGGUCCUGCAGCACCGACACCGCCGCGAGUCGAGCUUAGCAGACGAAUCACGAACAGACUUCACGUCGGCUUCGACACAAACCGCUCUGACAGAAAACACCUUGUCGUGUACAUUUCACACUUCACCUCUUUCUGUUUCUAAAGUAAAGACACUGAGUCAUUGGAGCGUCGUGAAUGUGUGAAACGGGAACGACGGAUGGAAUCGGAUCUGAUUUACACUUGAAGGAAGGAAGCGUGUGUGUGUGUGUGUGUGUGUGUGUGUGUGUGUGUGUGCGUGUGUGUGCGUGUGUGUGUGUGUGUGUGUGUGUGUGUGUGUCGGGCUACACACACUGCUAGCUGUUUACUUGUGCGAGUGUUCACCACUAUUCCGUAAUAAUUGUGCAAAUUUGUAAAAUAAAUAUGAUUUUAUUUAAAGAAUG